AUUUUCUCCACGUAUAGAUUGAUUUAUUAAUAACUUUAUACAAUUCAUCGAAGCGUGUCAACUUGAUAAAAGGCCGUCCAUUUUCGGCUUAAAAUUCAAUACAGUCAUUAUAAGAAAACGAUAAAAAGAGCAAGUUAAAGUUACAUAAAUUAGUUGUUGGUUUGUUUCAAAGACUUAAAAGACAUUAAAACUUAGUAAAAAUGGAAAUAAAGACUGCGAUAAUAUUUGUAUUUGCUUUAUGUGUUUGUGUAUUUGGCAGAAGUAUAAAGAUUAAGAAAUCAAUCGAAACAGAGUUUUCUCCAGAGCAAGAUGCUGAAGUAGAAGAUACUGAUAAUAAAGAAGAUUCCGAAGAAGAAAAGUUUGAAAGUGAAUCUGAAAUAAAUGACGACGAAUAUAAUGAUGAAUUAGAUCAGGAAAGUGAAAAUGAUGAUGAAGACGAAACUGAGUUUGAUGCGGAAAUCGAUAAAGACACUGAAUUAAACGAGGAAAAUUAUGGCGAAGAUGAAGAUGAAGAAGAACCUGAAAAGAAAAACGCUGACGAAGAAGAUUCUGAAGCAGUUAAUGAAAAAAAUUUUAAAACAGAAGAUUCUAUAAACAAAGAUGUUAAUAAUAAAGAAGACACAGAGAAAACCUCUGAUGAGAAAGAACUUGCAACAGAUGACUCUACACUUACUGAUGAUGAUGCAAAAAGUAUGAAAGGUAACCAAGAUGAUCAAGAUGUUGAUGAAGAUCUUGAAGCAGAAGAUGAUGAUUCUGAAUCAAAAGACCUUGACGAAGAGUAUGCUGAAAACAACGACGACAACGAAGAAGACACCAAAACAACCGGGAAUAACCAGGAAAAUAAAGAUGUCAACCAGGAAAGUAUAGAUGUCAAUGCAGAAAACGAAAAUUCUGAAGAAAAUGAAAACAUUGAAAAUGAUAAUGAGAAAAAGUCUGAUUCAAUAUCUGAAGAAGAUAAAGAUGAUAAAAUAGAUGAUAUGAACGAUGAAGAUGAUUUAGAAGAAUUUAUAUCAUCAGUAGACAAAGCGGCCGAAAAAAGAAACGGAUUGGUUAAAGAAAUAAAUGGUUAUUUAGCGAACUUCAAACAAUAAUUUUCAAGAAAAGUUCGCUAAAAAAAACCUGGUAGCAAAAGUAUGAUAUAUUUCGGAUUUGUUAACAUUAUAUUAUGUUGCUGUUGAAUAGUUAAUAUACUGAUGUAUUAAUGUACUUCCUUUAAUUUUGAAUUACAAAAAUUUUUUUUAA